AUGGUACUCCAUUAUCCAUUGUAUCGAACAGAGACCUUUGUUUUACAUCUAAAUUCUUGCCCAGUUUACAGGAAGCCAUGGGUACUAAACUACAUUUCAGUAUGGCUUUCAUCCUCGGACGAUGGUCAGUUGGAGAGGACCAUACAGACUCUUGAGGAUAGGUUGAGGGCUUGUGUUUUAGAGUUCAGAGGUAGUUGGGAUUCACAUUUGUCAUUGAUGGAGUUUUCUUACAAUAACAGUUACCACUCUAGUAUAGAAAUGGCUCAUUUUGAAGCUUUAUAUGGUAAAAAGUGCAGAACACCGGUUUUUUGGGAUGAAGCUGUUGCAGACCGAUUAGAUUUGCCAACUGAAUUAUCUACGAUUCCUGAUAUUUUUCAUGUCUCCAUGCUCCGCAAGUACAUUGCAGAUCCUUCUCAUGUUCUAGAGUCUCAUCUAGUUCACUUGAAGGAGAAUUUGACUUAUACAAAGGGGCCAAUGAAUAUUCUAGACAUAAAGGUGCAAAUUAAGCGGAACAAGACAAUUUCAGUCGUAAAGAUGCUUUGGUAG